AUGAGUCUAGAUUUGGUUCCGGAGAACUGGAAGCAAUUGACCUAUGUCGAUGAGCUUCCGGAAGAUAUCGGCCCCUUCCGGAAGUUGUUGGAAGACUAUAGCAAAGUGCCUCCCAACAAGGUCGAUGAACAUCUCCUCAAUGCGCGUGACAAGCUUUGGGAAGUGGCCAUGUACCCCUGCAUCGGCCGUUGGGGGUUUCUAAAUUUGCGUAACAUGCACGACCAUCAUUUUCUUACCGCAUUUGAACGAUUGAAGAGCUCGGCUGGCUCUAGUCCUGCUUCAGGAUCUUCAGACGCCCUCCUUGACAUCGGAUGCUGUGUCGGCCAAAUACUGCGAAAGCUGGUGCAGGACGGGAUUGAGCCGACACGUUUAUUCGGCACAGAUCUUCACCCAGAAUUCAUUACCAUUGGCACGGAGCUAUUCAACGACGCAGGGAGCGGCUUAACCUUUGUAGCUGGCGACAUGCUGAAUCCCGAUGACAAGGCUCUGCAACAGUUGGAUGGGAAGAUUACACUUGUGCAUGCGGCCAACUUUUUCCAUCUGUUCACGUGGGAGGAACAAGUGAAGGCCGGAACACGAAUAACGCGCUUCUUGCAGCCAGGGACUGUUGAUGCCAUGGUUUUUGGUAGGCAAAUUGGCACUCACAAGCCAAGACAGAUGGAGGGAAGAAUGAACUUUUUUCUGCACAACCAAGAAAGUCUGCAGAAGCUGUGGGAUGAGAUUGGGACGAAGACCGGGACUCGAUGGCGGGUGGACGUGACUAUUAAUGAAGACAAACGGGUGAAUCUUCCUGGAUUUGGAGAAGAGGACGUAUAUAUCUGGUUCGGAAUCUAUCAACUUCCACCGCAGUAG